UUCGUCCAUACCGGCCGAAAUAUCGGCGAUAUUACCGGUAUCGGACACUGAGCGAUACGGAAAUCCCGAUAUCGCAAAACGAUUUUUGUGCCGAUAAUACCGUCCGAUACGGUAAAUACAGUACACCGAUAAUAUCGUAUUAUCGGCGAUAUUUGUCAUUUGCCGUAAUUUCUGAGGGCAUUUUCGGGAUUAUAAGAGAAGGGAAGAGAUUUAAUCCCUAAAUCCCAUCGAUACGCAAAGGGUAGAGAGUUGAUUUUACAAAUUUCGUUGCAGGUUCUUCUUCUCUAUUUUAAUGGCGAGAUUCAGUUGAUUCUAUCUUAACAAGAGGUCCAAGGGAAGAUACAUCUUAUAUGCAUAUCCAGCAAAGGCAAAGUCGCUGAAGAAACAUCAAAACAGUUCAUCUAGCAACUGGGUUGUGAUUAUGGAUUCUUCUAAUGCAUCAAAUUCAAAUACGGCAAACACUACCUGUGAUUUAUUGCCCUCUUCUUCGGCUACUCAAACUAAAGAUCCAGCAUGGGAAUGGGGUGAACGCCAAGACCUAGCAAAUCAAAAUAUAAUUACUUGUUUGUUAUGUAAGAAAUUAAUUCGUGGUGGUGGAAUUACUAGGCUUAAGGAGCAUCUUUUACAUAUUAAAGGGAAUGUUUCUUCAUGUCCAAAUGUGUCCAUUGAUAUUAUGAACAAAGUUGGUCUGGUGAAUUCUGUAAAGAGGACCAAAAAAGCUCAUAAGGAUAACAUUGAUUUAGCGUAUCGGCGUGCAAACAACUCAGAUGAAGCCUCUGAUGCUGAUACCGAUGUUGAAGAACAAGAAGUUGAAAUUGAUGGCAAUAUGGGCAGUCGUGGUGGUGGUGCUGGUGCUAGUGCUGGUGUGGGUGCUAGUCAACUAGUUUCUCAGAAUCAGACAAAGAGAAAGAGGAUAAGCCAAAGUAAUAGUAGAGGUCCAAUUGAUUUAUAUAUGAAGACAGACCACAAAAAAACUCAACAGGCCACUCUUGAAAGAGACUCAGCUGUGAAAGAGAAGUUAAUGAAGACUGCAUGGAAAUGCAUUUCAGCUUGGAUGACUGAGAAUUCAGUAUCAUUUAACACUGUUCGUUGCCCAAGUUUCAAAGAAAUGAUAUAUGCAAUAGGCGACUAUGGGAAAGCUAUGCCCCCACCAUCUUACCAUCAGAUUCGUACGAAUCUUUUCAAGGACCGGUUAGUAGAAAUGAAGAAAUUUGUUGAUACAUUUAGGGAACAUUGGAAGAGGUUUGGAUGUUCUAUCAUGUCUGAUGGCUGGACCAAUAAAAACAAACAAGUUCAUUCAAAACAUAAGAGUCGUCGUAUGAAGUUCAAAUUGGAAAAAUGGGAGAAUUCACAACUUUAA